AUUGACUCUUGGUGCAAAGAGAAUAGCUACGUGAUAGCUGGAUAUUACCAGGCAAACGAACGCGUGAAAGAUGCCAGUCCCACCCAGGUGGCGGAGAAGGUGGCCUCCAGAAUUGCAGAGGGCUUUAACGAUACAGCGCUCAUAAUGGUUGACAACGCCAGGUUUACGAUGGAGUGCGUCGAGCCCGCCAUUCACGUGUACGAGCUGCAUGAGAACAAGUGGAGGUGCAAAGACCCGCACGUUGAUUUUUGUGAAGAUUGGAUCGAAGCCCAGAGAAUCGCUGCCUCUCUCUUGGACAGCAAGUCCUACGAGACGCUGGUAGAUUUUGAUAAUCACCUGGAUGAUAUCCGGAACGACUGGACAAACCCAGAGAUCAACAAAGCUGUCCUCCACCUGUGUUAG